GUCGGAUCGUACUCACUCAUUUUUGCGUAUUCUUUGCGUAGUAUCCAAACUCAUUACAAAAUCUGAAGUUCACAUCAUACCCGCAAAAUUGGCAGCCAUGUUACAAAAAAUCCUCAGCGAGGCCGAGAUUUUGAAGCGGUUCGACGCCCUCGUAGAAAGCGGUGAGGUCCGAUACGAUAAGGAAACAAAGGUUGUUCCUUAUGUCGACCAAGGCUUCAAGUUUCUCUUCAUGGUAGCGACCAGCUUGAGCCAAAAGCCCAACACACCCGAAGAGAAAGACGUCACGGAGCAGACGCUGAAGCCGCCUUUGGAGCCCGGAAGCGACAUCAACACGGCCGGCUUUGAGAUCUGCGACGUCGGCACCAAGCACCGGCUCUGCGCCAACAAGUUCUGCUACACGAGGCCGCAGCUGCUCCUGCUCACGCGCGACGGGUUCAAGCGACAGUGGGACCCGCUCGAGGCCGUCGAUCUGGACGGAAUCUGGACCGUGCUCCAGGACGGCCAGUUUGCCUUUUACAACUGCGGCGUCGCGGCCGGCUUCAGCCGCCUGCACAGGCACAUGCAGUUUGUUCCCAGGCCGGAGGGGUUCACCACUUUUCUCGAUGCGGAAGAGGACGACCAGGGUGGGGACGGCUCGGCAAAAGUACCGUUUUUGUACUUUCGGAGGGCUCUGGACGGAUCCGGUCAGGGUUUGAAGGAGAUCUACGACGGCCUGAGGGACGAGAUGGCGGAGCGGUCAAAGUUCCGAGCCGAGGGUCCGGGAACCGACUGUCCGCACAACCUCAUCAUGACAAGAAAAUGGAUGGCGGUGAUACCAAGGCGGAGCUCGGUUCUUGGCCCUGCAUCGACAAAUUCCAUUGGAAUGAUGGGGAUGAUUCCAGUUUCUACGAUGGAGAGCGUCGAGGAAUGGAAGAGUCUCGGCCCUUUGAGAGUGCUUAAGGAAUUUGGAGUGCCAAGGGAUGGCAGCUGAGGGAGGAAACUUGGAAACGGUUGGCUGUGUGGUAGGGUAGGUGGAGGCGCUUAGCGUUUGGUGUUCUUGGUGUGCAUCGCCAGCCACGGUUUCCAGAUCAUACAGAACUCCAAUUCGACGGUCGAUCCAGGCCUGCACGGGUCCAACGGUACCAACUUGGCUUGCUUGGCAUCAUCCCUUUACCUUUUUGCUUCUACUAUUGGUGGGGUUGCUAAUUAGGGAUCGGGGAGGUCUGGUGUAGUUCCGGUGCUUUAUUGGCCUAAAUAAUUCAAUGAUUUGCACAAAACUACGAGUCACAUUUGUUUUGGUACGUCGUAGAGAGAGGCUUGAGAGGGUUUGGGGCAGUGUAAUUUGUGGCGACCUGCCCGUGAGUAAUUUACCACUUACUACCUCAAGACGGUAAUCUAAACCCAU